CGGCUUUCGUUCCCGUUGAGCACAAGCAAUAGCUUAUAUUCUCUUUUUGUCAUACACGGCCUACAAACGAAAACGUCACAAAAAAUAGAUUAAAUAAUUCUCUUUCCCAUUACGAUAAAGUUGUAUUAAUUUGAUUGGUUGAAAAGUGUGAGUUGAAAAUAUACAUUUUUUGUGCUAUUGUUGAGUAAUCAUUGACUGCCAGCACUCCAAAAAUUAGUUGAGUGGUGACAAAAUGGAUUUGAAUGACGUGAGAAUUAUUAAUGGGAAUCUAAAUCAGCAACAAAUAGCCCAGUUGCACCAACAGCAGUUGGAACAGAUUCAUCAGGCUCAACAACAGCAGCAUAUGCAGCAACAAAUCAAUAUCGACCAGCAAAAGCAGGGUCAAAAUCAGAACCGCCGUCGAAUCCGUAAGCAGAAAAACAAUGUUCCUCAAUCGGGCAUUGCCGAAGGCGGCGAGGACAAUACGUCCGAGAAAAGAUCUUCGAAGAAAAAACCAGCUGAUGAGAACGUUUCGAUUGAAGAUGCACUAAAAGCGCUAACGUUAACACCAGAAGGUGCAAACAAUGCUAUGAAAACGCCAGUUUCCGUUCUUCAAGAACUUUUAAGCAGACGUGGAAUUACUCCGACUUAUGAUUUAGUGCAAAUUGAGGGGGCUAUACAUGAGCCGACUUUUCGCUAUCGAGUCACUUAUGGAAAUAAGGAUGCAAUGGGCGCGGGCAAGUCCAAAAAGGAAGCCAAACAUCAAGCUGCACGAAAUUUGAUCGACAAACUAACCGGAGUGCAAAUUGCCGACCAAAUUUUGCCACCAACUUCAAACGGAAAUAAGGAUGUUGAUGGGAAAGUUAAUGGGAAUCCAAUCGGUUGGUUGCAAGAGCUAUGCAUGGCACGUCGCUGGCCACCACCAUUCUAUGAAACUCAAUCUGAAGUAGGUUUACCGCACGAGAGACAAUUUACAAUCGCAUGUCAUGUAUCAUCGUAUACUGAAACAGGACGUGGCAAGAGUAAGAAAGAAGCCAAACGUUUAGCGGCUCAUCAAAUGUGGCAACGUUUGCAAGAUUUACCCGUAGACAACCAAGAUGAUGCCACUGACGAUAUCAACCGAGCAAAUGUUUUGAAUCGUUAUGCCGAUUUGAAGGAAAAACGUAUUUCCACGUUGACUAAUCAACACAGCUACAAAGUUUCACAAUUCCAUAAAACUUUGAAAGCUAAUAGUGGCCAAAAUUUGAGUAAACUCCAAACCACUUGCCUGAACGAUCCCAACAUGAAUUUUGUUCAGUUUUUGCAAGAGAUUGCUACCGAGCAACAAUUCGAGGUAACAUUUGUUGACAUCGAAGAGAAAAAUUAUUCGGGUCAAUUUCAAUGUCUGGUUCAGUUAUCAACGCUGCCCGUUGCAGUUUGCCAAGGUUCGGGCAAAACAUCUAAAGUUGCUCAAACCUGUGCUGCUCGCAAUGCCUUGGAGUAUUUGAAAAUUAUGACCAAAGUCUAAAUGCAUUAUCAACAAAACUUUGAGCCGCUUUUAACACGACCGAUCUGCGAAAAAUAAUCGGCAUCCCUUUUCGCUAUUUGGAUUAAAGUGUGAAAUAUUGAUCUGUUUAUAACGACUUGCAUUACUCUAUUGCCGAUUCGACAAACACAAAACCGCUCCAUAAGGAUUCGGAUUCAAAUAUGAAUUUAGUAAGUGAUGUCGAUAUGUUUAUUGCAAAAACUAGUAGAUUCAUGUUGAAAUAUCUAAUAUAUAUUUCGUAUAUGAUUAUGCAAAUGUAUGCAAAAUUUAAUACCUACUCAAAUACGCUCAUACGAUAUUGAUAUUGGUUUUGCAAAAUAAUAUAAUAAUACAUCACUUAUUGUAAUCAUAGAUUAAUAACGAAGACAUCGCAGUAAUGAAUUUGAUGUUAUAAAACACACAUUACUAAAUGCAUAAAUAACUAGUAAUAGAUUUGUAAAACGGACAACAAACAGCACGGGUUCCAAAGUUUACAAAACUUUUUAAUUAUGGAAUAUUUCAUGUUUAUGUGGCUUUGAAUAUCAUUUUUUUUUCUUCUUUCAAUUGAUUUGAACAUUAGUCCUUUAACAAUUUUCAUGCACGCCGCUAAUACUAAUCGUUAUUCAAGUUAUUUAUGGAUGUAGUAGUAUAUAAGUUUAUGUAAGCAAACGACAAACCCAAGGCAAGAAAAAACCAUCUGCAAUUGUGAAAAUAUCAAAUUAUUUUGAUAUGAAUUGACCUUCGAUUUAGUUUGCGUAAAAAUAGCGAUUGUAAUUUUAAUGUUUACAAAAUUACUGUAUCGCCAGCUAAAAUACAAGCUAUACUUUGCAUUGUUCUCUCGGGACGAACUUGGUUUUAUUAUCAUCUCUCAUCUCUACUAAAUGGCAAUGCCUAAAUUUUAGUGGUUGGAGAAGCGUUGAGAAUAAAUUGAGUUCUAUUCGCCGAAGUCCGAUGCAAAGUGUGGAGGUUGUAUUGUAUACUAGCAAUUUGUAAUUGUAUUUUUCAAUCUAAUUUUCUCUUUAAAGUAACGAAUAAAAAAUCAAAUUGUAUCUAGCGAAAAACUAGCAAAAAAUAAAGCAAAGUUACAACAAA